AUGGUUAUAACCGCAUGGAAAGACUGGAGUGUACAUAGUGUGGAUGGGACCUUUGGGAUUUUAUUUGGCCAUCGUCCCUAUUGGUGGGUCCAAGAAACAAUGAUCUAUCCCAAUCAAUCCACCCCAUGUCUUGAACAGUUUCCAAUAACAUGUGAAACUGGUCCAGGAAGCCCCUCUGGCCAUGCAAUGGGAUCUUCUUGUGUCUGGUAUGUAAUGGUGACAGCAGCCCUUAGUUACACAGUGGGACAGACAAAUAAAUCAGCAGUUACCCUGUACAGAGUGACCUGGUCAUUCCUUUGGAGUGUUUUUUGGAUUAUUCAGAUCAGUGUGUGUAUCUCUAGAGUUUUCAUAGCAACGCAUUUCCCUCAUCAAGUUAUUCUUGGAGUAAUUGCUGGUAUGUUGGUGGCAGAAGCAUUUGAACAUACCCCUGCUAUUCAGACAGCAAGUUUGAGAACGUACAUCAAGACAAAUCUGUUUCUAUUAAUUUCUGCUCUUAGCUUUUAUCUGAUUCUCAAACUCAUUGAUAUUGACCUUUUGUGGUCUGUUCCAAAGGCAAAGAAAUGGUGCGCCAAUCCGGACUGGAUAAACAUUGACACAACUCCAUUUGCUGGACUCGUGAGAAAUUUGGGUGCACUCUUUGGGCUAGGUCUUGGCAUUAAUUCUGAAAUGUUCAUCAGGAGCUGCAAAGGUAAAAAUGGAUAUAAGAUAAGUUUCAGAAUAUUGUGUAUUGCUGCUUCUUUAGCUACACUGCAGCUGUAUGAUUUUAUCAAGAUACCCACACACACUGAGUAUUUGUUUUAUACUCUAUCUUUUUGUAAAAGUGCAGCCAUUCCGCUAACUGUUGUUGCUUUGGUUCCAUACUGCAUACAUUUGUUAAUGAAGCCAACUGAAAAAAAGCUGAACUAA